AUGGGAACCGAAGCUGUUAAAGAGACCGAAAAGGACGGAGCCAACCAGAGCGAUGGUUUCGUCGGGAGCAUCGACACCGAAAAAGAACCCGAAUCAUCUUCGCCCUAUACUCGAAUCUUCAAGUACGCCGGCGCGUUCGAGUUCUCGCUGCAAGCCGUCGCCAUCUUCGCUGCUAUUGCCUCUGGUGCUGGAAAUGCCCUCCAGAACCUCGUCUUUGGGAGGUUCAUCACCAUUGUGACCAACUUCGCCUCAGCAACGAUAUCACCCGCCGAACUCCGCGAAGAAGCUGCGAAACUCGCCCUCUACUUCCUCUACCUUGGAAUCGGUCGAUUCGUCCUGUCCUACAUCUACAACACACUCUUGACCUACACCGCCGGCUGCAUCACUCGGAACAUCCGAAACGCAUACCUCCGAGCCGCUCUCAGUCAGGACAUUGCCUUCUUUGACCUUGGCACUGCUGGUUCCAUUGCAGCCCAGGCCACUUCCAACGGUCGCCUGAUUCAAGGUGGCAUCAGUGAAAAGCUGGGGCUGACCUUCCAGGGCCUCUCUACCUUUGUCACGGGCUUCAUCAUUGCCUUCGUCUUCCAAUGGAAACUGACCCUAAUUUGCCUCUGCAUUGCCCCCGCAACCCUGAUUGUGAAUGGAGCUGCCGCUGGGAUCAUGGCUGGUCACGAAACUAACAUUCUCGAAAUACACGCACAAGCCAACGCGUUCGCUGAAGACAUCCUUUCUAGUGUUUCUACGGUUCACGCAUUCACGCGGGGCAGACUGAUGAGCAAAUACGACGGUUACCUGGUCAGAGCCCACCACAUUGGUAGUAAAAUCUCGCCCCUCUUCGGCCUCCUUCUUUCAUCCGAAUAUUGCAUCGUUUACCUAGGCUAUGGCCUUGCGUUCUGGCAAGGUAUCCGGAUGCUCGCUAGAGGUGAAAUAGACGAGCCAGGUGACAUCUUUACCGUCAUUCUAUCCGUCAUCAUCGCUGCCACCAGUCUAACAAUGCUUGCACCAUAUUCGGUGGACUUCACCCGCGCUUCCGCCGCAGCAGCCAAAUUAUUCAAGCUGAUCGACCGAAAGUCAGAUAUUGACCCCUUUAACACCGCCGGUGAGAUGCCCUCCACGACGACUGGGCACAUCCAGAUCGAAAAUGUCACCUUUGCCUACCCAACACGGCCGGACGCCACAAUUCUUGAUAACUUCUCUCUCAAUUUCCCUGCCGGGAAGGCCACAGCCCUAGUUGGUCAAUCCGGCUCUGGUAAGAGCACUAUUGUCAGCCUUGUUGAGCGGUGGUAUAACCCUCAGGCCGGCAGCAUCAAACUCGAUGGCAACAACAUUGAUCAGCUCAAUCUGAACUGGCUCCGAAAGAACAUCCGCCUGGUGCAGCAGGAGCCUGUUCUGUUCCAAGGAACCAUCUUUGACAACAUCAAGUACGGCCUUGUUGGCACUCAGUGGGAACAUGCGCCGGCGGAAGAGCAGAUGAAGCAAAUCGAGGAAGCUUCCAAACUGGCGUUUGCCCACGAAUUCAUCACUAAGCUUCCCCAGGGUUAUCAUACCCAGAUUGGUGAGCGCGGCGGUCUGCUCUCUGGCGGCCAGAAGCAACGUGUUGCCAUUGCCCGCAGUAUUGUCUCCAAGCCUAAGGUCCUUCUGCUGGAUGAAGCGACGAGUGCUCUUGAUCCCGAAGCUGAAAGGAUCGUCCAGCAGGCCCUUGACAGGGUUUCCGAAGGUCGCACAACAAUCGUCAUUGCCCACAAGCUUGCUACUGUCCAGAAAGCCGAUAACAUUGUGGUCAUGGCCAAAGGGCGCAUUGUCGAGCAGGGCACUCAUCGGUCGCUGAUCGCGCAUGACGGCACUUACGCCCGACUCGUUAAGAUUCAGGAUCUCACCGCGGUCAAUGAUGAGUCUGAGGCAUCUUCUGAGGUCGACGAAACGGGAGAGCCUGCUGAGCUAGUUCACACCCUGACUCGAAAGGAAACAUCCGAGCAGAGGAAUGCGGAGGUACUAAAGAAUCGAGAUGACUAUGAUCAACAUGAGCAGCUCGGUAUUUUCUCCGCAAUAGGACGUCUUCUCCUCGAGACUCCCGAGCUUGGUGGCGCGUACACUUUCAUCUUCAUUAGCUGCCUCAUAGCCGGCGGAACCUUCCCUGGCCAAGCCAUCUUGUUGUCCAACAUGAUGGGCGUAUUCUCUCUCACGGGAUCUGAAAUGGAGCAACAAGGUAACUUUUAUGCUAAAAUGUUCAUCGUACUGGCCUUCGGAUGUUUAAUCGCAUACUUCACCAUGGGAUAUGCAGCAAAUGUUGUGGCUCAAGGCCUGAGCCACAAGUUCCGCAAGAGCCUUCUUCACGACAUGCUUCGCCAGGAUCUGCAGUUCUUCGAUCGAGACGAGAAUAGCACCGGGGCACUCGUCAGCCGCAUAGACUCAAACCCACAGUCCAUCCUCGAGCUGAUGGGCUACAACAUCAGUCUUGUCCUUGUUGCCGUCUUCAACAUCACUACCUGCAGCAUCCUGGCCAUCGCGUACAGCUGGAAGCUUGGCCUGGUGGUUGUUUGUAGCGGGCUUCCGCCCCUGGUCGCGGCUGGUUAUAUGAAAAUCCGGUUCGACGCCAAGAUAGACCGUGAGACAUCCAAGCUCCUGUCAUCGAGUGCCUCCAUCGCCUCUGAAGCAAUCACUUCUAUACGCACUGUUUCGUCGCUGGCCAUUGAGACGUCGGUGCUGGCUCGAUACACUGACGAGCUCGACUCAGCCUUGGCUGGCUCGAAGCGGCCAGUGUUCACAAUGAUGAUCUGCUUCGCCUUGACACAAUCAAUCGAGUACUGGUUCAUGGCCCUUGGCUUUUGGUAUGGCUGCCGUCUUUUAUCGUAUGAUGAGAUCAGCAUGUAUGCCUUCUUUGUCGCCUUCUUGGGCGUCUUCUUCUCCGGACAGUCCGCCGCCCAGCUUUUCCAAUAUUCAACCAGCAUCACCAAGGGUGUCAACGCCGCAAAUUACAUCUUCUGGCUUCAAAGCAUUCAGCCUGCUAUACAGGAAACGGACUCAAACCGUGGAAAUGGCCCUGACUCGGAUACUUCCUAUAGCAUCAAUGAUAUCCAGUUUUCUUAUCCGCUUCGUCCCGACACCAGCGUCCUAAAAGGCAUAAACCUCCAGAUCAAAAAGGGCCAGUUCGUCGCCUUUGUCGGCGCAUCUGGUUGCGGCAAGUCUACAAUGAUUGCCCUACUAGAGCGGUUCUACGAUCCCUCAACUGGUUCGAUAAAUAUUGGCUCGUCGCCCCUGACUUCCCUGAACCCCAGGCUCUACCGCCGUAUCGUCGCCCUUGUCCAGCAGGAACCAAAGCUAUUCCAGUUCUCGAUCCGCGAGAACAUUGCUCUCGGCAUUGAUGAACCUACUGAAGGAAAGAAUCCUGCGGGUUCUGCAGGAACUGUCAGCGACGAGAUGAUCGAGUCAGCACUGCGCGCCGCCAACGGGUGGGAUUUCGUGUCCUCUCUCCCCGAAGGCCUCUCUACCCCCGCAGGCUCCAAUGGUACGCAACUCUCUGGCGGCCAGCGGCAGCGAAUCGCCAUUGCACGGGCACUUAUCCGUAGUCCGAAGGUACUGUUGCUCGACGAGGCUACUAGCGCGCUCGAUACGGAAAGCGAGAGAAUUGUGCAGGCAGGUUUAGCCAGGGCUGCAGAGGACGGUGAUAGGGUGACAAUUGCAGUUGCUCAUCGUCUGAGCACCAUCAAAGAUGCGGAUGUGAUUUACGUCUUCCAUGGCGGAAAAAUCAAGGAGUUUGGGACGCAUCAGGAGUUGCUUUCACAAGGUGGCAUGUAUCGUAAGAUGUGUGAGGCGCAGGCUUUGGAAUAG